GCCUUCCCGGGCCGCCACGGCGGUGGACGUACCCGACCGAGUUCGCGAAGGUACAGACAUAGCACUGCAUCAUUGAAGCCAUGGCAUUCUACACUUCCAACCGAAACCAGCCCGUUCGCUCUCGCCCAUCGGAGCUCGACCUCUCCCCAACAUCCUCCCGCUCCGCCACCCCGCCAGGCACCGCUUCGUCCAGCUCCUCCACAUUUCUCACCUCCUCCGUCUCUAGCCUCUGGGGCGGUUUCAUGCGCCGCUUCUCAAGCGAACCAUCGGCGGCGACGUCAAAUCCUCCUGGAAUGCCCCACGCACGCACAUUUCAAGCAGACGGCAGGAACAAGCAGCAACACCACCACGGCCAGGGGAACGGCGUUGACGGCGUAUACACUCCCCCACACAUCCUCCAGGCCCGCCGCACAGCAUCACCAAUGCGCCCACCGCCGCUGGAGCCCUUGCGUCUGUCCGGGUUCUCGGAGGACACGAGACCGGAUGCCCGGCUGCUGACCGCGCCGAUCGCAGAAGAGAUCCGGAUCAUGGUGCCGGCCCGGCUGGGAAUCGUGGACGAGUGGAAGCUGGUGUACAGUCUCGAACAGGACGGCGCUAGCCUAGCAACACUAUACGAGAAAUGCGCGCAGUACCAAGGUGUGAGGGUAGGAUUCGUGCUCUGCGUGAAGGACUGUGAUGGCGGUCUCUUUGGCGCCUACCUCUCCGAUUACCCGCACCCAGCACCCAAGUACUUUGGCACAGGUGAAUGCUUCCUCUGGCGCGCCUCGGUUCUCUCCCGUCCUCCCCCGCCGCCCUCCAUCAUCGACAACGAGAGCAGCGGUAACUCCAACCUCCGAACAACCACCAUCCGCGCCGCCUCUCCUGCCCCAAGGAAUGCCAACAUCACUCCUAAUUCGAGAAGCCCAUCUCGCACCCCAACACCGCAACCGAUCCGCUUUAAAGCAUUCCCCUACUCGGGCAUCAACGAGUACUACAUGCUCUGCGAGCCGCAUUUCCUCUCGCUCGGCGCAGGCGACGGCAAAUACGGGCUAUGGCUAGACGACUCGCUCGAGCGGGGCGUCAGCGCGACGAGCCAGACGUUUGGGAACGAGCCGUUAAGUGACGAGGGUGAGAAGUUUGGGGUCUUGGGAGUGGAAGUUUGGGUGAUCGGUGCCUAAGGUCCGGGCUGAUUGCGGGACGACGGACAAAGAGAAAUCAAGGCGAACAAAGCAGACGGAACACAAGAGGCGAACAAAGGUCCAUGGGAGUGGUCCUAGAGGUCUGGGAUCUCAAAGGCCAGUUAGUCAAACAUUGGCGAUUCUGG